CGAUUAUUUUGCCCCUCGGAAAGUAAAAUGGCAAACACGACAACCCCAAUAAGAAAGAAAUUUUCAGUAGGCAAGUUAAUAUUAUCAUGUCUACUGGUUGGAUUGAUAGCAAUAAUUGCGCAUUUUAUCCUCAAAUACAUGUACUCCUUUGUGUGGCUCAACGAGGACACGGAUGCAAGGAUUUUCUACUCGUGGAGAACGAAGCACGCCGACAAACACAUGAUUGGCCCAUACGAACAUGUGGCGGAUAAGACUUGGGAUACAAGCAAUAAAGAGUUGAAAGACUUUCUAGAGUUUGCGCAGGGCUCGAAGAAGAUGCUCGAUGACAAGGGACCAGAGCAUUUCCCUCGUGGUUCUAUGCAGUACUACACGCACACCUUUGAAUGGAAUGACAGCGUGUUCCUACCUGUGAGGAAGCAUUUGAUGACAAUGACGACUAAGGACGCAAGUGAGAACAAAGACGUGAAGGUUAUUUAUUUAGAUCUGCCAGAUUUUAAGCUCAGUGGUCUAGGGAAUGACCAUUUGGAGAACGUAGAUAACAUGCACGAUGCGAUGAGCGACCUCGUUUCUCUUCUCAGAUGUUUGAUUGAUAUCAAGAAGGAAGACAAGCUGCUUGACGGUACAGAUCCAGAGAAAAACAUCAUUAUCGAUCAUACAUUUAAUCUUUGGAAUAAGAUGGAAUACAAAUACACGGUGCGCAAUGGAGAUAAGAAAAAGACCACUGAUCUAACAAAAGCACACGUAUUGAAAUUCUACAGGAAUCUUGCCAGAGCCAGCACCACGGUAUUUGAGUCGUUCAUGUAUUCGAGGAUGUUUUUCAUGUUUUACUUCUACACCACGUCUGCAUUCCCUGAUGAAGAUAACACUGAUAAGAGGUUUGAGAAUGCCACGAAGAUGUUUACACACAUCAUGUCGCGGGCAUACAAGGAUCCAGCGGAUGCGAAAAAGGAAUCAAAGUUUGCUGCCGGGUUUAGGAAGUUUUAUUCACCCAAAAUGCUGGAUUUGCCAGAUUUUGACAAUAAUGAAGCUACGAGGGUUGUAGACGAGAUAGGCAUACAGGAUUAAAGGUUUAUUUUUCGUCA